CAUCAACACUUCUAUACAGCUUCCAGAAGAUCCAUCUGCCUUGAACGUAGCCUUAUUCAAAGAGUUCGUGCUACUGGAGAAAAUAAAAUGGCGAAAACAUAUCCCAUUGGUACACGCAAAGAAUGCGAACGUCUAGUCAAGGACUGGGGCUUCAAGCAUGUCUUUACUUGGGCGGACGGAAGCAAUGCCCACUAUCCACCACACUCCCAUGGCGGUGUCACCACCCAUCUAAUACGGCAGGGGACUCUGACAAUCACCUACCCAGAUGACAAUGCUAAGUUGCAUAAUGGGGAGGUGAAAAAGGAGACGUUUGGGGUCGGUGCGAGACUGGAUGUUCCAGCUGGCAAGUUACACGAGGUGUGGAUUGGUGAGGAUGGGUGCGAAUAUGUUAUUGGUGAAUAGGUAUGAGCGGAUGUGGGCUACGGCUUGUCCCUUACGGAUCAUGAUCACUUGAGCGAUGUGUUGUAUUAUGAGUUUGCUCUAUUGUCUAAUCUAUAGACAUUAACUGGUAUCUCGUACGGCGUCCACCGAAUUUUCCAUAUGUCCAAUUCUUGUCAUCUAUGUUUUGGUUUCGAAAUAUAUCAAUCAUUAUUCGUGCUCAUCUAGUGAGUAAAUCGGAAAUCAAGUC